UUACAGAACGCCACGCAUACGUAGCAAUAUACUGGAAAUUCCUCGUUUUAGUAUUUUGGAGGUAGUUAGAAAUAUGCUGUCCUAAUGUUAUUUGUCAGCCUUGUGGUUUUGUAUGUUAAUUCAGGAUAACAAUUAUAGAAGAAUUAGUUCUCGUCGAAUAGACGACUAAAGAGAAAAAUAUUUAUGAAUAUUGGUGAUAUUGACCGAUUAUACCUACUGGGUAUAUAGCAACGUUUUGGUCGAGACGUACCUGUAGUAGUAUGAGAAAUAGCACAUUUAAGACAAGAUAUUUUAGUACUGCAACAGCAAGCAAGUGAGUAAGACAUACGCGACAAGUGAGAAGUGAGAAAUUGUCUGCGACGUGACACCGGUGGUAUCAGAUUAUUGGAUGUAAACAAAACUGCAAGUUGGCAUUUUAUAGGCGAUUCAUCAAAAAUUAGGCGACGUUUUCUGCUAUAUUUUGCAAGAUGUAUAAAAGCAAUAGUUUUUCGAAACUUGAAGUGUUUUCGUGCUCCAACUUACCGCAAUCAGAAAAGCGCAAUAAGUGGCUGGUAUGGCAUAGAGGAUUCGAGAUUUGCCUUCGUGCUUGCCAGGUCACCGAUCCCUUCGAAAAGAAGAAUUUAUUACUCUCGGAAGGCGGAUUAGAACUGCAGGAAAUAUUCUUCAAUAUUCCGGGAGCAGAUGUAGGAAGAGAUGACAAGAAAGGUCUCGACCCGUACAAAGUGGCUGUCAAAAAGCUAAACAAUCACUUUGCUCCUAGACGCCUAGAAGUUAAGGAGCGCAAUGAGUUCUGGACUAUGCAGCCGGAAUCUGGCGAAAGCCUUCCGAUGUUUUAUAAAAGAGUUCAAAAUUGUGCGAACAAAUGCAAUUUUGGAGCCACUGCCAAGGAAAGCGAACAUAACGCCGUGAUCGACAAGAUAAUGCAGUUUGUGCCUAUGUCAUUACACAACAAUCUUCUACAGGAAUCGAAAUUGACUCUGGAUGACAUGACUAGAAGGUUGGAGGUUUAUGAGACAUCAUCUCCACCCAAUUCCUCCAACAAUCAUAUAAGCGAACCACCAUGUGUAUCCAGUGAAGAAAUCGUUGAGUAUAAUCGCAACAGUUUUAACGAGAGCGGUAAACCGCAUAGAAAUUGUGGGCAAUUUCAUGGCCGAAACAAAACUGAUUGUCCGGCUUUGAAUACAAACUGCUCAAACUGUGGAAAACUUGGACACUUUGGUUCUCUUUGUACCAUUAAGCAGGGUGGUGGUUCAGGUAUAAUCAAAAGCUUCAAGAAGAAACCUUAUGACAAAAAUGGUGGUGCUGGUGGAUAUCAAGGAGGCAAAAAAAUGAAACACGAGUGGCAAAUGUAUGGAAUGGACUACGAAUCACCACAAAACUAUUAGACACGAAUGGCAUCUUGUUCCACUUCAUUGAAAACAUGUUUAAAAAAACUGCGGAUUUUCAUUCAUUUUUUUUUUACACCAUCAAAUAAAUGAUAAUAACAAAAUAA